AUGGACGAUGCAUAUAGUCGUCCCAUGAUCAGCGGCGUACCUGGGGCUUUUGCCGCCCCUCUCCCUGUCCCUCAGCAGGGAGCCCAUCCCAUUUAGACGGUCCUCCCCACGGCGGAGAGGGAAGGGGAGGCGGGGGGGGGGAGGAAGAGCAGUGCAGCGGGGAGGUGCCCCUCUCACCCUGCAGCCCCCUGACACCCUUUGCAGGCCACUACUCCUGCCCCCCCUUCCUCUGCCAGUGCCAUUGAUAAACCUAUCGCCCUCCUUGGUGAAUUGGUCUGAUCGCCUUUGAAAGCUCUCUUUGCCACCACCAUCACCGCAUCUUGUGGCAAUGAUGUCCAUCAGAUUCAUUUAGCAAGGAAAUGGCAUAUUUUGCCUGCCUCAGAUCAAGGUACACUGUGCCUACACAUGGAGGUUCUGUUGUUCUGUCAAGGAUAAUAAAACAGCUAAUGGAUCUUUUCCCCGGAGAACGCAUCUGAUCUUUUCCCAAGCUGUCAAAGCUAGUGACCUCUUGUAUCUGUGUGUGAAUAAGUGAGACAGGCUUAAGCCUGUUUCAUUAAUUGUUUCAUUUCCACCUUCCUCAGUAAGGCAGCAGAGUUUUCAGAUGAAGGCUGAGGGUUGAAGUGGGUGACAGUUUUGAGAAUGCAGAGGAAAGGAGGAUUCUAAAGAAGUGUGGCAUAUGGAAAUGAAUUAAUGAUAAUAAAAACGUUGAAGACAGUAUUGUAAAAGACUGAGGAAGGCGAAAUUGAAAUUAGCUAUUCAUGUCCAGAUUAUUAUUCCUUUCAUUUCUAUACUGCUUCAUAUUUUUAAGAAAAAAAUCUCAAAGUAAUUAGAGAGAAAUCUCAAUUCAGUUUGUGUCCAUAGGAUGUUGAGAACAUUAAAUCUGUAGAUCCAGGAGUUCUCUCCUCCUGAUAGUCUUAGAUUUGAUUGUUCUUUCUGAUAGAGCAGGAGGAACGAAACAUUUAUGGGCUUAAAGCUGCAUUGCUUCUGGAGGCCACAUUCCAGUGAGCUCUGUGGCCAAUGUAUGCACAUGCAUGCGCACACAGAAAAGAGAUGCAGACCAUAAAGUCACAUGCACACACGCCAGAGGUGCUGCACGCACUCACCAGACAUGCCAUCUAGCAUACAUACAAGUCUUGCAAACACAAACAACAUGUUUAGACCUUCCAACCCCAGUGCUGGGGGGAGGAGAAAUAAGAGCACAAGAAGACUCUGCUGAAUUAGCAAGGAGAUCUGUGGAAAAAAGACCCUUCUGAUUGUUCUUUAGAAAUCCUCUUUAAAGAGCAGUCAGAGGGAUCAUUUAUUUCCAGAGCAGGGCUUUUACCCCAUUUCAGCAUUGUGCUGCUUUGUGGUGAAAUUGGAGUUGAAAAGAUCUCUCUAAGGGCCCUUAGGCAUCUUUCUCUCCAGAACAGACAGAGAUCUUCAUCCGAUGAUCAGAUCAGGAGAUGGAAACGGCAGGGACUAGCAGGACACACCCUGAGGCUUGGCAAACCAUAUGCAGCCAAUGGACUGCAAGUUAGAAUGUCUUCAGUCAAGAGAGUUUGUGACCAUCAAAUUUAAAAUAUUUUGGAGUGAGUUCUUUGAUUUUGUUGGUCAAUAUUCCUUUUGCCUAUUUGUUUCUUAGGCUGUGCAGAUACCAUACAUUUAAAGCAGAGAACCACGGGACCUGUAGUUUAUUGCUAAAGUUCUCAACACCCCUAACAAACUGCAGCUCACAGGAUUUCUUGGGUGAAGCCAUGUACUUUCAAUGUUAGGUGGGUCUGUCGCAGCCUUAAUCAUAUACAAAGAUCUGUUGCUGCCUUUCCAACAUGCUAGAAGUUGCAGCCAGGAUCAGCAUUCCCUGUCCACUGAACAUGCUCAGUCCUCUCACUGGGUUCUUUUUGGAUUUCCUUCCACUGCCUUGGUUCCCCCACCCCCAAAUAUUAUUUGUACUUCCAUAAACCUUGAUGUUUCCCCCAGUCUUUGGAUAACUUCCCCUUGUCCCUGGGAGGAGCCGUUUGGGUGACAUAAUGAUUGUCAUUCACACCCUGAACAUCAGAAAUAGAAAGAGUAAUAAUAUAUUUCAAAAACUGGCUAAUGAUUAAAAAAUGUGCUUUUGUUUUUAUUCUUGUGUUGUAUUUUACUUUGUGUUUAUUUUUUUUCCAGCAGGGUGGCAUAAAAAUAGAAGAGCAGGGACCCAGGAGACCCAUUCAAAGGAAGAGACUGGAGUGGAAAGGAAGGAAACCUCCUGCCGGCCAAGUUGGGACCAUCAGGGAUCUUCUGCCUCGGGCAGAUUUAUGUCAAAUUAAGGAGGAGGCAGAGGAGGGGCAGCCGCAGCAGCACUGGGAUGCCGAGAAGCAGGAUUUCCUGAAGACGAUGCAGCCCCCUCGUUCAGGGUGGGAAACCCCACAGGCUCCCAGUCCUCCCCACUCUGGGGAUGGUGUCCUCUCCUUCAGGGGAGCUGCAGAUGCCAGUCGGUGGCCCAGUGGGAGAGCAGGGGGGACAGACCAGACCCUGCUCCCAGACACUGAGGGGCUUCUGGGAAAGGUAAGUGCCCUCCUCUCACCUGGGUUUCCAGCACCUGGAGGUCACAGGUCCACUGCCUCUCGACAUGGAGGUUCUGUUUAGCUAUGGUGGUGAAUAUUCCUGCUCCCUGCACUUUCUCUCUAAUCCACUUUAAAAAGGCUUGCUAGACCAAACUUUCUUAUACAUGGGAGGUUUGCGAUCAUAUCUCCUGCUGUUCUUACUUUACUUAAACAGCUGCAGGGGACUCUGAAUUUUAACAGAGCAGAAGCAGUGUCAGAAGAGGUGACCUUCCACCAAACCCCGUUUUCCCCCUCUAAAUUGCCUCCAUUUCCAAAAUGCUCUUUUCUCCCCACUGAGGUAAAAAUCUUGGCACGUCUUGCAGCCUCAGCAAUCCCAUGUGUAGUCGCAUUAAAUAAGACUGGCCUACCUUACAAGGUUGUUGCAAGAGUUAUUAAGAUAAUGGCCAGGUUCAGAUGACUGAAAAGGUUCAGGUUCACAGCCUGAAAAGCCGGGUUAAAAAUAGGAACAGUCAUAGAAUCAUAGAAUCAUAGAGUUGGAAGAGACCACAAGGGCCAUCGAGUCCAACCCCCUGCCAAGCAGGAAACACCAUCAGAGCACUCCUGACAUAUGGUUGUCAAGCCUCUGCUUAAAGACCUCCAAAGAAGGAGACUCCACCACACUCCUUGGCAGCAAAUUCCACUGUCAAACAGCUCUUACUGUCAGGAAGUUCUUCCUAAUGUUUAGGUGGAAUCUUCUUUCUUGUAGUUUGGAUCCAUUGCUCCGUGUCCGCUUCUCUGGAGCAGCAGAAAACAACCUUUCUCCCUCCUCUAGGUGACAUCCUUUUAUAUAUACAUGGAAUAACUUGGUGUAAACAUGUAUGUCGUCCUCUACGUCCAAACACACACAGACAAACAUAGUGGGAGCAAGCAGUGCUCCAAAGUGCUUAUCUUGCAAACUUGCCAUCUAGGUUGUUUACUCCUGACCAAAGUUCCUGUUUCCCAAAAGGACAGGAGCGGGAGCAGAGGAGGAAACCGAUGGGUUUGAAGGCUCUUUCCACCAGCCGCCUCUCUCCCCUGAGGAACAAGAGCAAAGGGUGUUUGCAGGGCAGGAGGACAGAGGAGGAGGCAGCGAGGGCAGAGGGAGCAGUGGGCGGAUCCACCGCCUCUCCCAGGGGGUCCUGAUGCAAGCAAGGGGCUUCCUUCUUCUCCAUGCAAGGGCCACCCAUGUAUUCAGAGCAGUUCUUUGCAGAUUAACUCUUAAAUUCCAAGGGACCUACUCUCAGACCGCUAAUGUACAUACCAUGCCAGCCUUAGGAAGGGAGGUGGGACAGGCAGGUGAAAGGAAUUGCCAAAGGUUUUUUAAAAUGGGUGGAGGCUCUUGGGAAGGGGGUGCCCAAUUGGGGCUUCUCCAAGGGCAGCAGAAUGUCUUGGGCAGGAGAAUCCCUGCAGGAGCUCUCAGACUCCCUUGGCUUCUUCUUUUUCCCUCCCUCCCAGGAAGCUGCAACUGGCUCUGGAUUCUGCGCUCCUCAGGAAGCUGAAGCUGCAAACCUAGCUGAGACUGAAUCUGCAACCCUGGCCAGGAUGGAAGGAGGAAGAUGGACGGUUGACCUGGUCAGGCUGUCUCCCACAUCCCUCCCCACAACCUCUGAGCAUUCCCUCCCAGGACCCUUGGAUAAAUCUAGUGAGUUCCAGGGGAGAGGAGAUGGGGAGAGGGAUAGAUGGAUGGUGGAGGGAGAAAGGUGAAAAGAUGGAGAGGAGACAAAUGGAAGGAGGUUCCUGAACGUAAGAAGGAAGGGGUGAGGCCUUCUCCAAAGCAGCUUUUCUUCCUCCAGGCUUUUAAAUCUUAGAUGUUAUUUCCCCAGCAGGAAUAAUUGCUGAUAAUGAUGUGGCACACCAAUCCUGAAAAACGGGUGAAGGGGAAUGGAAAUGCUUCCCAUAAAUAUUUAUAAUUAAUCUAUUACCCUUAUUUUUUAUAGACAGGGUCAGAGUGAUACAUUCCACCAGCAUCAAAACACAAUAAAUGCAUGCAGCUCCCCAGUUUGGUGGACUUAAGGGACAAAGGACCAGCUAUCAUGAUACACAAUUCCUGUGGCUGGAGGCUCUACACUUAGGAUUGGACAUAUAAAGUCCAAGAGCAUCUGGUAUUAGAAGCAAAUUUUGUAAACUUGCCAAUCUUACAUACCGGGAUUGUUUGUGAGAGUGAGUGAGUGGGAUAAUAAUUUAUAGCACCCCUGUAAUUUUGUCCGUCCCUAAGCUUCUAUGGGUGGGACGCGGGUGGUGGUGGGACGCGGGUGGCGCUGUGGGUAAAACCUCAGCGCCUAGGGCUUGCCGAUCGCAUGGUCGGCGGUUCGAAUCCCUGCGGCGGGGUGAGCUCCCGUCUUUCGGUCCCAGCUCCUGUCCACCUAGCAGUUCGAAAGCUCCCCUAAGUGCAAGUAGAUAAAUAGGUACCGCUUUAUAGCGGGAAGGUAAACGGCGUUUCUGUGUGCUGCGCUGGUGCCGGCUCGCCAGAGCAGCUUUGUCACGCUGGCCACGUGACCCAGAAGUGUCUCUGGACAGCGCUGGCCCCCGGCCUCUUAAGUGAGAUGGGCGCACAACCCUAGAGUCGGACACGACUGGCCCGUACGGGCAGAGGUACCUUUACCUUUACCUUUAAGCUUCUAUGGAGAUACUGUGGUACAACCUUGGUACAAAUUUCAAAAUAAGUACACAAAGCCAACAAAGAGACUCAGAGGUUUAUAGUGGCACCAGGUAAAGGUAAAGGGACGCCUGACCAUUAGGUCCAGUCGUGACUGACUCUGGGGUUGCGGCACUCAUCUCGCUUUACUGGCCGAGGGGGCCGGCGUACAGCUUCCAGGUCAUGUGGCCAGCAUGACUAAGCCACUUCUGGUGAACCAGAGCAGCGCACAGAAACGCUGUUUACUUUCCCGCCGGAGCGGUACCUAUUUAUCUACUUGCACUUUGACAUGCUUUCAAACUGCUAGGUUGGCAGGAGCAGGGACCGAGCAACGGGAGCUCACCCUGUCACGGGGAUUCGCACCGCCAACCUUCUGAUCGGCAAGCCGUGGCUCUGUGGUUUAGACCACAGCGCCACCCGCGUCCCUUAAAGUUCCCUUGGAGAGAUCCUUUAACUCCAAUCUCAGCAGGAAUCAGCACAGUGCUGAGAUGGGAUAGGAGUCCUGUUUUGGAGAUAAAUGAUCCCACUGGCUGCUCUUUAAAGAGGGUUUCUAAAGAACAAUCAGAAGGGUCUUUUUUCAUGGAUCUCAUUGCUAAUUCAGCAGGGUCUUCUUGUGCUCUUAUUUUUCCCCACCCCAGCACUGGGAAUGGAAGAUCUAAACAUGCUGGUUCAUAGCUGUCAACUUUCAGAUUUGAAAAUAAGGGAUCAGCAGCCUCACCUGUCCCCACGUCCCUGUGGCAUCACGUAUCCUGCUCAAAAUUCCACUUUGUCAGACUGCAGCCCACAAAAGCUUAGGCCAUAAUACAUUUAUCAGCUUUUAACGGCUGCAAAAGAUGAAUAAACAGAAGCAUAGUUCAUCUAUGGAAUCCAUCCUACAGGAGACAGUGACAUCCAGCAACAUGGAUAGCUUGAAAAAAAGGAUAAGACUGACGUCUCUGCUCUGCCCUCGCGGUCCUAGGCAAUAAUACUUCUUGAUACUAGUGUCUGGAAAGCACACGAAGGCAGAGAAGACUCUUGUGCUCCAGUCCUGCUUGCUGGUUUCCCACAGGCAUCUGGUUGGCCUCUGUGAGAAGAGGAUGCUGGACUAGGUGGGCCUUUCCCUGAUCCAGCAGGCUCUUCUUAGGUUCCAAUAUAUUGCAAUAUUUUUACAGUUACAUGUAGCACUUAAGUUUUAUUUAUUUCACGAGGGAAAUACUGUUACUUGAGCCUGAGAUCAUUUCUUCACUUCAGAAAGAAAAAUACAGAGAUGUGUCUAAUAAGCUAAUUCCACCAUAGAUCUGUAUUAUAAAAUGAUGCUGCUUUAUUAAGUGUGAAUGGAGUGAUCAUGUGUUGCUCUUGCCAUUAUCUCAUCUGCUUUGCAAAAAAAUUGGAACCUAGAGAGGACAGUGGAGAUUGGAGACGGUGUUAAAAUGAGAGAAGGUACAGAUUGGGAUUGACAGGUGUUCAGUUCCUUUUUUGUCUUUCUUGAAAGUCUAACAGGAUUCUCUUUCCUCCCAGACUCCCAAACAGGUGAGGAAGAUGAAAGUCAGAAUUCUAUGGAGCCACAGGUGAAUUCAUUGGGAAGAACAAAGAAACUGAGGAUACAACAACAAACUCACAAAGGAGAGAAACUAUUUGAAUGUAUGAAGUGUGGAACGAACUUUAGUCAUAGUCAAGCACUUAGAAUACAUCAACGAACUCACACGGGUGAGAAACCAUUUAAAUGUAUGGAGUGCGGUAAGAGCUUCAGUGGAAGUGGACAUCUUAGAAUACACCAACGUACUCACACAGGGGAGAAACCAUUUGAAUGUAUUGAAUGUGAAAAGAGCUUCAGUACCACUGGGAAACUUCGAAUACAUCAGCGAACUCACACAGGGGAGAAACCAUUUAAAUGUUUUGAGUGUGGAAAGAGCUUCAGUGAAAGUGGGAAACUUAAAUUACACCAACGAAUUCACACGGAGGCUAAACCAUUGAAAUGUAUUGAAUGUGGAAAGAGCUUCAGUGAAAGUGGAGCACUUAGAAUACACCAACGAAUUCACACAGGUGAGAAACCAUUUAAAUGUAUGGAGUGCGGUAAGAGCUUCAAUGAUAGUGGAUCACUUAGAAUACACCAACGUACUCACACGGGAGAGAAACCAUUUAAAUGUAUUGAAUGUGGAAAGAGCUUCAGUGAAAGUGGACAUCUUAGAAGACACCAACGAACUCACACAGGGGAGAAACCAUUUAAAUGUAUUGAAUGUGGAAAGAGCUACAGUCAAAGUGGACAUCUUAGAAGACACCAACGAACUCACACAGGGGAGAAACCAUUUAAAUGUAUUGAAUGUGGAAAGAGCUACAGUCAAAGUGGACAUCUUAGAAGACACCAACGAACUCACACAGGGGAGAAACCAUUUAAAUGUAUUGAAUGUGGAAAGAGCUACAGUCAAAGUGGAGGCCUUAGAAUACACCAACGAACUCACACAGGGGACAAACCAUUUAAAUGUAUGCAGUGUGGAAAGAGCUUCCAUGAAAGUGGAGCACUUAGAAGACAUCAACAAACUCACACAGGGGAGAAACCAUUUGAAUGUAUUGAAUGUGGAAAAAGCUACAGUCGAAGCGGAGAACUUAGAAUACACCAACGAACUCACACAGGGGAAAAACCAUUUAAAUGUAUGGAAUGUGGAAAGAGCUACAGUGAUAGUGGAUCACUUAGAAUACACCAACGAACUCACACAGGGGAGAAACCAUUUAAAUGUAUGCAGUGUGGAAAGAGCUUCCAUGAAAGUGGAGCACUUAGAAGACAUCAACAAACUCACAAAGGAGAGAAACUAUUUGAAUGUAUUGAAUGUGGAAAAAGCUACAGUCGAAGUGGAGAACUUGGAAUACACCAACGAACUCACACAGGGGAAAAACCAUUUAAAUGUAUGGAAUGUGGAAAGAGCUACAGGGAUAGUGGAUCACUUAGAAUACACCAACGAACUCACACAGGGGAGAAACCAUUUAAAUGUAUGCAGUGUGGAAAGAGCUUCCAUGAAAGUGGAGCACUUAGAAGACAUCAACAAACUCACACAGGGGAGAAACCAUUUGAAUGUGUGGAUUGUGGAAAGAGCUUCAGUCGAAGUGGGACACUUAGAAGACAUGAACGAACUCACACAGGGGAGAAACCAUUUAAGUGUAUUGAAUGUGGAAAGAGCUACAGUCGAAGUGGAGAACUUAGAAUACACCAACGAACUCACACAGGGGAAAAACCAUUUAAAUGUAUGGAAUGUGGAAAGAGCUACAGUGAUAGUGGAUCACUUAGAAUACACCAACGAACUCACACAAUGGAGAAACCAUUUGAAUGUGUGGAUUGUGGAAAGAGCUUCAGUCGAAGUGGGACACUUAGAAGACAUCAGCGAACUCACACGGGGGAGAAAUCAAUUAAAUGUAUUGAAUAUGGAAAGAGCUACAGCCAAUAUGGAGCACUUAGAAGACAUCAACGAACUCAUACAGGGCAAAAACCACAGAUACUUUAA